AUGCUGAUAUUAAAAAAUAGUGUUCUUAAUGCAUAUAAAUAUGUAACUAAUCUCUUUAAACCACUUAAAAUCCAACAGUUGUUACGAAAUGGACAAACAAUAGCAAUUCAAAAACUUAGUAAUACCAUUUCAUCUCGACUGAAAGAGUUUUCGAUAACGGAAAAUGAUGAUAGUAACAGCAAAAAUGUAUAUUUAGAUAUUGAGUCAGAUGACGAAACAGACAGUAGUAUUCAAAACAAUCUUGCAUAUGAUAAUGGCAGUGAUGAAGAAGUAUAUUUAGAUGAUAGUUAUGAUACUAUACAUAAUGUUUCCAUAUCUGCAAAUCGUGGGAUAAGACUGGUCGACAAUAUGAAAGCAGAAUUUGGUCAUACUUACUUUCAAGUAAUUAUUAAUGAUGAUAAACAAUAUCUUCAUAAACAAGCUACUUGCUGGCUUUUGAAAAAAGAUAGAACUUCAUUAUCCUCCGAUCAAGUAUCACGGAUUAGAGAUGAACAACAGGUCGCAUUUUGA